UGGAAGUUGCAGAGCACGAGAAACCAAAGCUGAAAAACCCUAACAAUCUAGAGGCAAAAAAAUGGGGGGCAAAUGUCCGCACAGACACGUGAAGAAAAGAAGAUAUUCUCACAAGACUGCUCGCCGUACCAAAUUCCUCUACAAAGGGGAUGACAUGGUUUAUGCGCAGCUAAAUCAGCAUGAUGAAGAGAAGAGCACUUUACCUGUAGAUGAAGAUUUGCCUGGGAUGGGCCAGUACUAUUGCCUUCACUGCGAUCGAUACUUUUCCAAUGUAGCUGUGAGGGAUGAGCAUUUUAAGACCAAACGACACAAGAAGCGUGUAAAACAAAUGAUGGGUCCUGCUCCACAUACUCAACUUGAUGCUGACUUAGCUGCAGGAAUGGGUAUGCCAGACAAUGGACCAAAGCUAAUGUCUAUGUAGCCUUAUAUAUUCUGUGGUGGGUGGAGAGAUUGUAAGUGAAGCUGCUAUUAUAAGAUAUGAUGUUAGUAUAUUACAAUAUAAGCAAGAUUAUCUUUCUUUUUUCAAUUUUUUUUUUUAAUUCCUUCUAUUGAGCCUGUUACAUCUUGAAUGUAAGCAAACAGAGUUUGAGAGUGAUGGGAAUUAGGAAAGAACUUUUUUUAUAGUGGAUUAAUGUGUAUUGCCUUAAUAGUGAAAUUUUUUGACUACAAUAA